UCAUUAAUGACCCUUUCUUCCAUGAGUAAGCUCUGACCUGAUCUCUUGUUUUUGUCAACCUCAUGUUUAAUGGAAGGCAGUUCCACAGUACUGUCCCAAUGUUAAAAACAAACAAAACGUCAUCUACAAAACAAUCUUCACUUCCGCUACAUGAAUGCACUGGUGUUGCACUUUACUAAGUGAACAGAAAAACAUGCUCAUCCUAACGAUGGCAUCUUCAGAAUCAGAAAUAAUUUAAUGGGGGAAAUUGUUAAAUUGCAACCAAAUACAUCCCCUGUAUAUUAAAAAUUGAAAAGUAGUUUAAUUUGAUUAUUUAUUGUUGAUUAAUGCUUUGUCGAUCUACUAAUCGAUUAAUCAAAUAACCGUUUUAACACACACAGUUGGUAGUGCACCCUGGAUACCAACAGCACCAUCAACCAGCAGGUUGUGAGACUAAAGGGAGGCGACAGGGAGACCCAGCAGAGAGAGAGAGAGAGAGAGAGAGAGGGGGAGAGACAGGGAGAGAGAGCAUUGCUCGCUGCUCUUCCAUCGGGGUGGAGCAAAAAGGAUGAGAGGAAUGUGACUGAGAGAGAAAGGGAGAGAGUGCGGGGAUGUCAGCAAAUACACCCAAGGGAGAGAGAGAGGCAGGGAGGCAUGUCAGGGUUGAGAGGAGGGAGGACUAUACUUAGGCAGCAAUAAAGAUAGUCAGCCACAGCCAGCGCUGUACUACAGAGCAUGCAGGGGGACACGCUGGACCUCCUAGCAGCAACUUGGGAUUGUAUCCAAUUCUAAAGAUCUGGUCCGACAACAAACUGCCUUCUCAGCUCAACUGGUCCAGCAACAGAAUCCAACCGGUCUGGGGAUGGAUCCGCUUCCGAAAUCCAGAGUCGAGCACUAAAUCUAAGCCGGAUCGCACAGCAGCAACUAACCGCUACUUCAGUGAAACAAGUGCACUCUUUCUGACAUCGGGACAAUUCUGCUCUGAAAGCAUUGGAGAGGACUAGUUGACAUUUGAGAGAGCUGUCGGCCAAUGCCUGGCGCCGUGGUUACAGCGGGACCAGUGCUGCUUCAGAUGCAGUUUCAUGUCAAAAAUGUCAGGGCUCCAUUAAAGCCUAAUUUGUCACCUAUAACUGUGAACCGGACUAAAUGAAAGGUGAAAGAAGACGGGAAGAUGUUGUCUGUUUCGGUCACAUAAAAAAACGGCAUUAUAUUUCAAAAACAAGGACCCAGAUUGGUGAAAAAAAAAAAAGAGGACCAGCUCGAGACAACAUGGUAGAAAAUUGUAUAAAAUAUGACAAAUGAAGUCUUGACCACUUAUUUUUUACAUUCAUGAAACACAUUCGGAUGAGUCGUCAUGAAGCUCAAGAUGAAAGCAACUCAAGGAUUACACAUUCAAGACUUGGUGCUCUCCAUCCCCGGUGCUGAUCGCGACACUUUAGUAGUUGACUUCAUGUGUGAAAGUGUGUUUUCCAUCGGUUUACCCUCGAUCGUCGCCUCCGGCCAUGACGCUUCCAUCAGAGACCGUGCUGAGGUGACCGGAUAUCAUCCUUGUGGGGUCUGAAGCUCCGUGACCCCCGGUGGGCGUGAAUUGACGUGCGUUGGCUGCCGAGACGGUACAUGUGCGUGUGAAUGUGGCGGUGCUAUGCUGAGGGUGUCGGGUGUCGCACCAGCUCCGUCGGGCCACGAGUGGCGAUUUCAGUGUUCCGUCGGCGUGGACUGUAGCGAUGCCGAACCCCGCUGUAUCUGGCUGGCGGUUUUGAGGGGUGUUUCGCCUCACAGCUCACCCCGCCCAACCCCCAUCGCAUCACCAAGAAGACGGGGCUCCCGGAGGGUCAUACACUGCCACCGCUUGUCCUGGGCUAAAGGACGGAGAGAUGGCAUGGUGUCGUCCAAUGAGAACAGGCGCCGGCCGCUGUCGUCUGGCGAGGUGGAGGGCGUGUCGUGGCAGGGCCCACGGACCAUUUUCGUCCCGAAGAACUCACAGGGAUUCGGCUUCACUCUGCGCCACUUCAUCGUAUACCCACCAGAGUCCUCCCUCCACAGCCUCAAGGAUGAAGAGAACGGGAACGCAACUGGAAGAGCAGGUGGCCAGCGGUCUCGUUUGGAGCCAAUGGACACCAUCUUUGUGAAGAGCGUGAAGGAAAACGGCCCCGCGCAACAAGCUGGACUGUGUACAGGGGACAGGCUGGUGAAGGUGAACGGGGAGAGCAUUCUGGGUAAAACCUACUCUCAAGUGAUCACGCUCAUCCAAAACAGUGAAAACAUUCUGGAGCUCUCUAUUAUGCCAAAAGAUGAGGAUGUGUUGCAGUUGGUAAGUGCGUACUCCCAGGAUGCCUACCUGAAAGGCAAUGAGCCAUAUUCAGGCGUGGCCCAGAACCUCCCUGCGCCGCCGCCUCUCUGCUACCCUUCCGCCAAGCCCAGCUCCUCCGCCCCACAGCACAACCCCCACAGUCCCCCGGACAACUGGCAGUGCCGACCGGGCCCCGCCGCCUCCCCACUGGACAACCGCCCCCCCGCCGCUGCCACUCCCGUCCUCGGCUGGCCAGGGGAUCCUGAGGAUUCCGGCGGCCACUUCGCCCUGUCGGGCCGGCACCGGGGCCGCUCCUCUUUGGCCAUCAACGUGCUGGACUUUCACUUUGCUAACCACAAUGCAGCCAUCGCCUCUGCUACUCUGCCUCCACCGCAGAAGAGCAGCCUGCAGGCCUCUGCCCGCACCCAUGCCGAUACUCUCUGCCACCAGGCUCUGUCGGACUGGUACUACAGCCAGGCCGAGGCUGCAGAGAGCAUGUCCCCCCGCCACCGCAGCAUAUCUCAGGAUUGUUUAGCGGAGCUGGGGCUGGGGUUGGCCCUCGGCCCCGGUCCCGCAUCUGCCUCCACAACCUCCGCGGAGAAACGCAGAAGGGAAACCCUCCAGUUCCACCACCAGGCGGCUGCUGCUUCCCAUGAUUCCUAUUGGUUAGGGGGCUGGGGUGGUGUAUCAGGACCAGGAAGCAGAUCAUGCUCAGAGAGCCUCCUGGCAGCCUACGCCGAGUACGAGCAUAACUACGGGCGUUCUGUGGAAACACUGGCACAAGCUUCUGCACUGGUGUCACCGCAUUGCGAACACUCUUCGCACGGGUCACAAGCGGCGAAAUUCAGAGAGCAGAAAGAUCAGAAGGUUACGGCAGGGCAUCAGCACAAAACCACAGUGAUGUCCCCCAUCACAGCCUCCUCCACAGUGCCUCCUAGUGGCAGGCGGUCAGGCCAGCAGGUAGCCGAACCCCAAACACGGCGAGUAAAAGAAGAAGAGCUGGUGGGCUACAAAAGCUACAGCCCGUCUUUCUCCCGCAAAGCUGGCCACCUCCUCCAGCAGGCCCACUCCUUCAGAGAGCCCAGCUACAGCGGCCCCCACCUCAACUGGAGCCCCGGCAGCAGAAGCGGCCCCAUGGACAGCGAGGGGGGCGUGGUACCCAGGCCCCGGUCUACCCCGGCUCUGUCUGCGCCAGAGGAGGAGAGAGCCCGACUGGGUGAGGACAGGGAGCUCGUCUCCCCCAUCUCCCUGAAUCAAGAGGUGGUCCUGAGGCAGAAGCCGCCUUCCGGCCGCCGAACCCCUGUUCAGGCCGUUCAACAUCCCCACUACACCGCACCCGUGGAGUCACCCGAGCCCCCCGGUUUGGAACCUACACAAGGGACCCCCUCUCCUGUCUCCGGGGGACCCAGUACCAACCGCAGGGCUAAUGGUAGCCUUGCACAGCAUGCAUUCAACUCCUUGGCCUCUAUUCCCUUCAUAGAUGAGCCCACCGGUCCUAGUAUUGACCUACAGGCCUGCUAUGUACCAGCCCGCUCUGUUGUGUCCAGUUCACAGGCCUCCACCAUGGCCACCCUCACUUCCACCUCUGUAUCCCCCACCCUCUCCUCCAUCUCCCCCUUUGUCCGACUUCGUCCUCGGGACUGCAGCAGUAUUAAAAGUCGCCGCUCCUCUUACUUGCUGGCCAUCACCACAGAGAGAUCCAAGUCCUGUGACGAGGGUCUCAACACCUUCAGAGAAGAAGGCUGCGUCUUCUCCAAACUACCAAAAAGGGUCAAGAGCUUUUUCACUGAUGGGUCUCUGGAGAGCCUGCGAGCCCAGGAGGAGGCCCGGUCCAAACGCCACUCCACCUCUGAACUGGGAACCAUCACCUUUAGUGAUGUUCGCAAGGAGGGCUGGCUGCACUACAAACAGAUCCUCACCGAGAAGGGAAAGAAAGUGGGUGGCGGCAUGCGACCGUGGAAGCGUGUCUUCUCUGUGCUCCGCUCGCAUUCGCUCUUCCUCUACAAGGACAAGCGAGAGGCGGUGCUUCACGGGGCGGGGCCAGGCCAGGACGAACACCCUCCCAUCAGCAUCCGCGGCUGCCUGAUCGACAUCGCCUACAGCGAAACCAAGCGGAAGCACACACUGAGGCUGACCACGCAGGACUUCUGCGAGUACCUGCUGCAGGCCGAGGACAGGGACGACAUGCUGGCCUGGAUCAGGGUCAUCAGGGAGAACAGCAAGACCGACAACGAGGAGAUCGGCUUCUCAAGACAAGCUCUCAUCAACAAGAAGCUGAAUGACUACAGAAAACACAGUCUGACAGGUAGUAAGCCGGACUCCUCUCCCAGAGCCCACCGUAUGAUGCCUCCCUUCCUCCUGGCAAAGACCGACAACACCUCAGUGAACCGAGCCUCCAGAACCGAUGACAACAAGGCGCUGUGGGGCAUCAACAUCAUGAAGAAGGCCAAGAAGACAGGCAGUCCGAAGGCUUUUGGCAUGCGGCUGGAGGACUGUCAGCCCGCUGUCAACCAUAAAUUUGUCCCUCUGAUUGUGGAGAUGUGCUGUGGCGUGGUGGAGGAGACGGGUUUGGAUUACACCGGUAUCUACCGGGUGCCGGGCAACAACGCCAUGGUGUCCAACCUGCAGGAGCAUCUCAACAAGGGCAUGGACAUCAACACUGCUGAGGAGAGAUGGCAGGACCUGAACGUAAUCAGCAGCCUGCUCAAGUCCUUCUUCCGAAAACUGCCUGAGCCGCUGUUCACUGAUGACAAAUACAUCGACUUCAUUGAUGCCAACCGGAUAGAAGACGCGGAGGACAGACUGAAGACCAUGAAGAAACUGCUCCAUGACCUCCCAGAUCACUACUAUCACACCCUGAAGUUCCUGGUGGGUCACCUGAAGAAGGUGGCAGAUCACUGUGAACAGAAUAAGAUGGAGCCGAGAAACCUGGCCCUGGUGUUUGGUCCCACUCUGGUGAGGACGUCAGAGGACAACAUGACUGACAUGGUCACCCACAUGCCCGACCGCUACAAGAUAGUGGAGACGCUCAUCCUGCACCACGACUGGUUCUUCACUACCGGAGAGCUCGAUGAAGAGGAGAAGGCCCCAGAGGAUAAGCGGGACAUGCAGCCUGUUCCCAACAUCGACCAUCUGCUGUCCAACAUCGGCAGGCCCGGCAUGCCAGGAGAGGCGUCAGAUUCCACCACCAGCGAUUCACUUAAAUCAAAGCUUUCUUCGCUCUCCAAGAAGGACCUGAGUGCCAGGGACUUCCUGCCCAAGUCCAUCAUUUCCGCUGUGACCCGCAAACGUAAAAAAUGCCUCAGUACCCACCUGCAGGACGGCAGCGCCGACGAGGACUCCGAGCACGAGCCGGUCAAAACCAGCAACUACGGGGGAGGAGAAGGCGGGGGAGGGGAGGAGGAAGAGGAGGGGAACAGAGGAGAGAAAGAGGCGGUCAAGGGAGAACAAACCAUUCCGAAAAAAGACAAAAGGGAUGAAAAGGAGACUGGGGGGACAGCUAGAGUGGUCGCUGAGGGACAAGAUUCGUUGUCUGGAGAGGAAGAGGGGAACAGAACGGCCAACAAAUGUGAAGAGAGCAGGAGAAGAACGGCAACGCAACCUCGUCCAAACAGUUUCCUCUGCUCGCACCAUCAGAGCGCCACAUACCCAAGACCCCCAACCAUGUCUGAUCCUCCUUCCCACUUGAGGCCUCACGCUCCGGCCAGAGGACACCCCACAGUCCCCUUCUGGAUCUGCCCCACCAGGCUCCCCAACCUCUUCCAGGCUUCCAGCUUUUACGGGACCCAGCAGCCGGACUGGAACCAGUCGGUGCCGGUCCGCUACAGGAAGACAAGAGGCGGGAGGACAAGGGCUAUUUCCAUGAAUCUGGAGCUUGAGCUGGGCAGGAGCGAGGAACGAGUCAAAGGAUGGAGAGCAGAGAGGCUGGAGGUGAUCAGAGCCAUUGAAGGAACACCGGGUCAGCAUGGACGUGUUGGGGUCACUCAGGGAUCGACUGUAGGUCCUGGGUCAGUUCAACAAAUAGACCCCCCCCCUCAUCCUGCCCAGGAGUCUCGCCCUCUCUCCUCCUCCUCCUCCCCAGGAUCUCACGCUGUGGUCCUGAGGAGAACGGCCCUGGACCCACGGGACAAGAAGAGGGCAUGGCGUCGUCACACUGUGGUCGUUUAAUCGGAGUGUUUCAUCUACUAACACAGUACAAAGUACUAGCCCUUUACUCACAAACACUGGAUCCCCGUGUCACUGCUUCUGAAGUGUCCGUCAUGUUGCCAUGGGGAUCUGCGUUGUGGAGACUCUUCCCUCAGGGCUUUUUAUUGCCUCUGAAGUUGGAGACCUGAUCUCACGCUGAAGUACUUCUUUGUGCGCAGCUGCAGAGUUUCAUUCCAAAAUGAAAAAUGUGAAACUCAUUACUUAACAUACAAAUUCUACCAUUCAACUACUUUGAAAGCUACUCAUCUUUAACCCUUUACUGACAGAAUAACUGUAGAUGUAAUUAUCCAUGUUGUUGUAUGUUUUCAAAAGGACAUUAGGGCUGACACAGCAAAUUAAGAUCCUGGUAUUUGAGGCAAAUUCUCACCAAAAUCUGAUGACUUUUCUCAGGAGAGAUUCCCCUUAGCUUGUAUGUUCACAUACACUCACACACGUCUUAUAUAACCAGCCGAAGACACGCUAGUGGCGUGUUAGCUUGGUCGCUAAAAGGACAAUAAAUUCACACAGUGUGUGGAACACUUUACUCCCGUAGAAGAGCUGGAAUAGAAGAACACAUCGAAUAACUACAGUAGCUUCUCCAGCUCUCCAUUUCUCAAAGGUCAGCACAGUUUGCUGUUGGUCAGCGCUGUUUCGAGGAUUUUAGGCCAAUUCCCUGAUCACGACGAUUCCAUUCCAAUCAAUUGAUUUUGCAGCAAAAUCUUUCCGUUUUAAAAGCUGGUGUGACCGAGCCUUCACAGCACUGUAACUGGAGACCCUUUCACACCCAAUGUCUUUGAAUGAUAACUAUGUGUAUUCAGCUGUGUGGCAAACUAUUCUUUUUAGAUUACGUGAACAAGGUAAAAACCAAAAUCUGUGAGUGAAAACGAUGCGAUCCAACACGCAGACCUCAAUAUUAGAAAAGAGAAAUACGUCUCUGAAGGCAGAAGAUCAUCUUAACUAAGUGUUGUAGAACCAAUCCAAGCAAUCCAAUCUUAAAACGACCAAGACAACACGCUGACAUCUUUUCAAAUUUGGCUUCAUAUACUAGAGCUAGAAUCCAGCUUGAUAUGUUCCCGGGGAAGUAAUGACAAGGAAACCUACCUCUCUAACGAACAACAGUUCACUUUCAAUGGAUUCUGAUGUAAAGAAAAUGAAACAAUCUCGGUGAGACGUGUUGCCAUGUUUCACAGUGCUGUUCUUAUUACAACCACUAGGUGGUGCCACAAGUAAGGACCUUUUUAAAAUGCCUUUACUGUUCAUUUCUAAAAUCAUCUUUUGGAAUGAAACCCAUCAACUGUAAAUUCAAAAAAUUGAGAGAAAGCCAUAUCAGACAUUUAAAAUUCAACUCCAGAGCCGAGCUGCUGUUACAACGAACCCUCACACCAGCAAAGACUCCCGUCAUCUGCCACGUGUCUUUCAUUGGAAACCGACUGUUGUUGUCUUUGACGUAACCCGCGUGGGCAAAUACCACAGCACCAGUUCAGAGGAAACUUCUCCUCAGUUUACGUCUCAGCCCUUUACGAGCUCUUCCAAAGCCUCCUGUGGAUCUACAGGGAACUCCACCACUCUCUGUCUCUGGGUGAUGGGACUUUGGGCGUCAUGCCAAAGCUUCCAUGGACUUAAAAAUAUAUAUAAAUAUAUAUAUUGUGUGCAUGGGUUCAGUGACAUUAAAAUAUGCAAACUCUAAGUGUUCAACACAAGCAUAUCGUGUUUCUGUAUGUCGGGGGAGGGGGGCCUGUUUCAUCGGAGGACGUGUUUAAGGCAGCUAUCCGAAGUCAUGCCAAAAUGUUCCGUUUUCUUCUAUUUGGGUCAUUUGUGUACAACAUUAGAGCCAAGAGAGAACCUAAGAGAGGCUCUACUUUAUACAUUAUAUCAGUGUUAGGAGUAUCGUCACGGGAGCAGUGAAAGUGAGUGAAUAACCUCCUUAAAUACAAAACCAGAGUCUUACCCGAUUGAUAUUUUUUCAGUAUUUUUCUCUCCCGUUGAGUCUAGACUCAAGAAAUGAAACCGGAGCUGAAUCAAACUGUACUGCCAGCCGCCAUCAUCCAACCACACUCCAUGUCUGUCCUUUAUCUGUGCCCCUGUGCAUGUACUCUGUAAGUGGGUGGCUGUGCGUGGACCAAUUUUUGUAACAGUUGUACAAAGCCUUGUUAAGUUAACCUGUGUAUAUAAUUAUUAUACAUAAUAUAUUAAAUUAUUUGUUUU